UUCUUGUUUCUUAUACUGCAAGUAUAUUUUACACGUUUCAUUAUUUGAAUGGAAAAGGAUUCUGCAACAGCAGCACCAUAAAUACUCUCUCUGCGUUCCUGAAAUUUUUAGUUGAUAUCCACAGCGAGUUAGAACGGCGAUUCGAAAAUGGCAGAGGCCACCAGAAAUAGUGCAGAUAAGGAGAAAGUUAAAACAGUUCCAUUUUUUAAGCUUUUUUCGUUUGCGGAUUCUGUUGAUAUUUUGUUCAUGAUUACCGGCACAGUUGGUGCCGUUGGCAAUGGAGUGUCUAUGCCUCUUAUGUCAUUGCUACUCGGACAAAUGAUUGAUUCUUUUGGAACAAACCAGACUGGCAAUGUCAUGGUUCAUAUAGUUUCCCAGGUCUCUCUAAAAUAUGUCUACUUAGCAGCAGGAGCUGCUGCGGCAGCCUUUCUUCAGGUGGCCUGCUGGAUGGUCACAGGAGAAAGACAGGCGGCGCGAAUAAGGAGUUAUUAUCUUAAAACUAUACUUAGACAAGAUAUUGCUUUCUUUGAUAAAGAAACGAGUACUGGAGAGGUUAUUGGCAGAAUGUCUGGUGAUACUGUCCUUAUACAAGAUGCAAUGGGUGAAAAGGUAGGAAAAUUUCUGCAGCUGACGGCGACGUUCGUUGGGGGUUUUCUAAUAGCUUUUAUCAAGGGGUGGGAGCUUACGCUAGUCAUGUUAGCUGCAAUUCCUCCGCUAGCGAUAGCCGGUGCAAUUAUGUCCAUUUUGAUAUCCAAGAUGGCUAAUCGUGGACAGAAUGCUUAUGCAAAAGCAGCUACUGUAGUAGAGCGGACAAUUGGCGCAAUUAGAACUGUUGCAUCAUAUACUGGAGAGAAACCGGCCAUUAGUGUUUACAACAAGCAUCUCCAAACUGCCUACAGAUCAGGUGUGCACCAAGGCCUUGCUGCUGGAGUUGGUAUGGGUCUAAUUUCGUUAUCUGUAUUUGGUAGCUAUGCCCUGGCUAUUUGGUUUGGUGCUAAGAUGAUAUUGGAACAAGGAUAUACUGGAGGACAAGUCUAUAAUGUGAUUGUCGCUGUGUUGACUGGUUCAAUGUCCUUGGGGCAGACAUCUCCUUGCUUGAGUGCAUUUGCUUCUGGUCGAGCUGCUGCAUAUAAGAUGCUUGAAACUAUUGAUAGAAACCCUGAGAUAGACACUUACAAUACAAAUGGAAGAGUAUUAGACGACAUCCGUGGGGAUGUAGAGUUGAGGGAUGUAUAUUUCAGUUAUCCAGCAAGACCAGAUGAGGAGAUAUUUAGUGGAUUCUCUCUUUCUAUUCCAAGUGGCACAACUGCAGCUUUGGUUGGACAUAGUGGAAGUGGGAAAUCAACAGUAAUUAGUCUGAUAGAACGAUUUUAUGAUCCAAAAUCUGGAGAAGUUCUUAUAGACGACAUCAACCUCAAAGAAUUUCAACUUAAAUGGAUUAGAGAAAAAAUUGGUCUUGUUAGUCAGGAACCUGUGUUGUUUACCUCUAGCAUCAAGGACAAUAUUGCAUAUGGGAAGGAUGGUGCCACCACUGAAGAGAUAAGAGCUGCGGCUGAACUUGCCAACGCUGCAAAAUUUAUUGAUAAACUACCUCAGGGACUUGACACCAUGGUUGGUGAACAUGGAACUCAGCUUUCUGGUGGACAGAAGCAGAGGAUUGCAAUUGCAAGGGCAAUCCUUAAGGAUCCUCGAAUUUUACUUUUAGAUGAAGCUACAAGUGCACUUGAUGCAGAAUCUGAGAGGGUAGUGCAAGAGGCACUAGACAGGAUAAUGGUCAACCGAACUACUAUUAUAGUUGCACAUCGCUUAACUACUGUGAGCAAUGCUGAUAUGAUUGCUGUCAUUCAUCGAGGAAAGUUGGUUGAAAAAGGCACACACUCAGAACUACUUGAAGAUCCUGAUGGAGCAUAUUCUCAGCUUAUACGUUUACAGGAAGUAAAUAAAGAAUCAGAACCGGCUGCACAUGAUUAUGGCAGAUCAGAAAUUUCUAUGGAAUCACUUAGACAAUCAAGUCAAAGAAGGUCGUUGCGUCCCUCUAUAAGUAGGGGGUCAUCUGGAAAUAGCAGUCGACACUCGUUGCCACUCCCAUUUGGUUUUCCUACAGGACUAGAUGGUCCUGAUAAUGACCUGGACGAUGUAGAAGAUUUUCAAUCAAAAGUAAAACUUCCAGAGGUUCCAAUUCGCCGCCUUGCCUAUCUUAACAAGCCAGAGCUUCCGGUUCUUAUACUCGGUACCAUUGCUGCAUGUAUCGCUGGUACAAUACAGCCAAUUUAUGGUAUACUAGUUUCCAAAUCAAUCAGAACAUUUUAUGAACCACCUCACGAACUGAGAAAGGAUUCAAAUUUCUGGGCACUAAUGUUUUUAACGCUAGGUCUGGCAUCAUUUGUGGUAACUCCGUUUAGAACGUAUUUCUUUUCUAUAGCUGGGUCUAAGUUAAUCCAUAGGAUUAGAUCUAUGUGUUUUGAAAAGGUGGUCCACAUGGAGAUUGGUUGGUUUGAUGAGCCUGAGCACUCAAGCGGUGCAAUAGCAGCUAGGCUUUCAGCAGAUGCAGCAAUAGUGCGAGCCCUUGUUGGAGAUGCACUAGCUUUGAUGGUUCAGAAUAUUGCAACAGCAGGAGCAGCUCUAGUCAUUGCUUUCACUGCAAGUUGGCAAUUAGCUUUCAUUGUACUUGUCCUUGUCCCUCUGAUGGGUGUCAAUGGAAUGAUCCAAGUAAAGUUCAUGAAAGGAUUCAGUGCAAAUGCAAAGAUGAUGUACGAGGAAGCAAGCCAAGUUGCUAGUGAUGCAGUUGGGAGUAUAAGAACAGUUGCUUCCUUCUGUGCCGAAGAGAAGGUGAUGCAACUUUAUGAACAGAAAUGUGAGGGUCCCAGGAGGACUGGAUUAAGGCUAGGAUUGAUCAGUGGUAUAGGGUUUGGAAUGUCGUCCUUCUGUUUGUUCUGCUUCUAUGCAACUAGUUUCUAUGCGGGAGCUCGAUUAGUUGAGGGUGGCCACAUAACCUUUGCAGAUGUUUUUCAGGUCUUCUAUGCUUUGACUAUGGCAGCUAUAGGAAUUUCUCAGUCAAGUUCUAUGGGUGCUGAUUCUGCCAAAGCAAAGGCUGCGGCUGCUUCUGUGUUCGCAAUCAUAGACAGGAAGUCAAAUAUAGAUUCAAGUGAUGAGUCAGGAACAACACUAGAAAAUGUAACGGGAGAAAUUGAACUUCAUCAUGUAAGCUUCAAGUAUCCAUCUAGACCAGAUAUUCAGAUUUUCCGGGACCUCAACUUGACUAUUCGUUCUGGAAAGACUGUUGCCUUAGUUGGAGAAAGUGGGAGUGGUAAAUCAACGGUAAUUGCAUUGCUGCAAAGGUUUUACGACCCAGAUUCAGGUCAUAUCACACUUGAUGGAAUUGAAAUUCAAAAGCUCCAAUUGAAGUGGCUAAGGCAACAGAUGGGGCUUGUGAGCCAAGAGCCGGUUUUGUUCAACGAAACAAUCCGUGCCAACAUUGCCUAUGGAAAGGAAGGAAAUGCAACUGAGGCAGAGAUUAUAGAAGCAGCAGAGUUGGCCAAUGCCCACAACUUCAUCAGCAGCUUACAGCAGGGCUAUGAAACUGUGGUAGGGGAACGAGGAGUACAGUUAUCUGGGGGACAAAAGCAAAGAAUAGCUAUAGCUCGCGCCAUAGUGAAGAGUCCAAAGAUAUUAUUGUUAGAUGAGGCUACAAGUGCAUUAGAUGCAGAAUCUGAAAGAAUGGUUCAAGAUGCACUGGACCGAUUGAUGGUGAAUAGGACUACGGUGGUGGUAGCUCACCGGCUAUCAACAAUCAAGAAUGCAGAUGUUAUUGCAGUGGUCAAGAAUGGAGUUAUAGUUGAGAAAGGAAGGCAUGAAACUCUUAUCAAUAUCAAAGAUGGUUUCUAUGCUUCGUUAGUAGCACUUCACAUGAGUGCUAAAACUGCGUAAGCCAUAUGCUUCCAUGAUUUUGUUCAUAGGAGAUAGAUUUAGACUAGAUUUUAAACGGAACAUGUAAAUUUUUUUGUUUCCCUUUCUUUUUCCUAUCCUAAUAAAAGACUUCAUUGAUGGAUGUCA